UCAUUUUGUCCUUCCUCUUCAACAUCCAUAUUGCUGUGACUCUGCUCAUYGCUCUGAUACCUCCUGUCAGCUACGUGGGACUUUGCUUUAAGCUCAAAGAAGACACUCAGAUCACUAUGGCAGCAGUUUUCAGCCUCUUAUAUGCAGUUCUUAUGUCAUUGUUGAUAAUGACCACUAUCGGAUCWAUGGUUAAAGGACAAACCCUUCUGACCUCCAGCAGCCUAUUCCUCCUUCCUUUGUGCAUUCAUUUAAUCMUAACUGCGGUCGCACAUCCUCAGGAAAUUUCAAAGAUGUUGUAUGCCUGGUUCUACAUCCUCUUUUUGCCAAGUUUUGACACCUUGCUUUUUAUCUACACGGUGGUCAACAUGAACUGCGUCCACUGGGGYACCAGAGAGACAAUCCCUGAUGAUGGAACCCUCAACCCUGCAGCCCCACAGCCAUCAAAAGCACAGAAAUGUUGGACAACAGAACUGCAGAGUUUGUGUGGUGACAUACAGCUGCAGGAGGAUUCCCUCAGUAAGGAAGAAGAAAUCUACUGGAAAAUGCUGCAGGAUAAGCUCCUGCAACCUUUUCAGUUUGACAAAGAGACCAUUGAAAAGAAUCAAAAUGACCUGAAAGASUUUAGAAAUAAGGUCAGUUUUUGGUAUUUCUUUGGGAAUGCUCUGUGGCUGCUCUCACUUUUUACCAUCAACAUCUUUAAAGUCUUACCCAGCUUGAUCACUGUUGAUGUCAACCAUGAGGAAACUGGAGAAUUAAUCCAAGUUGAGUUUGUGGGUUUGACAUAUUUCCUGGGCCCUGCUUUGAUACUUUGGCUCCAGGUUUUUGGCAUGCUGUAUUACAGAGUUAACACAAUCUUUGACUAUAUUGCAUCUCUGGACACUGAGCCUGAACAACAGACAUGGAAGAAAAAACAUUCUUAAGCCUCAUCCAAUCAAGAUCCAGCAGUCUGAGAUAAAAGCGUCCUCCUCAACUGCUCCGGCUGCUCUCCAGCUGAACGUCAACCWACCACCUCCCCUCCUCCAUCCUUCAUCUCCUACCUUCCAGGUGUCUCCCUCUCCUUCAACCACCACCAGUGUCCGGGCCCCAGGGCGGGAAGAAAACUCCUACCCCCUAACCUAUUCAGCUCGUCCGAGCUUUCAACCUUUCACAGCGCUCGCAUCUCAUCUGGGGUCCGAGCGCCAAACCUGUCAUUCAUAUCAAUCUGUUCAAUCACGGCAAAAAAUCCAUUCUAAUUUCA